AUGGCAGGGAGAUUGAGCAGUGUGGCUUCCAAGAUCAUGGGCGGAAACGGCGUCGUCUCCCGUUCCGUCGCUUCCUCUCUUCGUCUCCGCGCCGGCAUGGGCCUUCCCGUCGGCAAACACAUCGUCCCCAACAGUCCCCUUCACGUAAACGACGAGCUCGUCUGGGACAACGGCACGCCGUUUCCCGAACCCUGUAUUGAUCGCAUCGCCGACACCGUUGGUAAGUACGAAGCUUUGGCUUGGCUCUGUGGGGGUUUGAGCUUCUUUGCUUCUUUGGGUUUGUUGGCCGUGUGGAACGACAAGGCGUCUAAGAUCCCAUUUGCUCCAAAAGUGUACCCAUACGACAAUCUUCGAGUGGAGCUCGGUGGAGAACCGUAG